AUGCCAAUCAUCAUCGUGUUUGAGUCCCAAGAAGCUGCCUCGAGGUACAAAUACCACAGCUGGCUCUGCACACUUCGUGAUGGUGCAGAUGCCAACCUUUGGGCUGUGGUGUGGGAAAGUUCCAGGCAAGGCCCACAGUUCGACAAGGGAUGGUCCCGACACGCUUUCGUUGUGGUGGAUCCGACCUUUGAGCAUUUUCCCUGCGCGGAGUGGUCGACGACCGACAAGUUACCACUCUUCAGCGUGACGACUUCGAUUGAGGGACAGAAGGUGGAACGAUUGCCGCACCUCACGGUAGGGGAUGUGAUUCGCGUGCACCGUGCGCGGAUUGCGGCCAAGAUGCCGCGCUUCAUCAACAUCCGGCAGCAGUCGUUUUCGGGCAUGGUGGCCUUUCCUUGUCCGGAAGAACUGUUGGAGGCAGACGCGGCAGACGCGGACGACGCUCAAGUUCCGCACUGGGGCAUCCAGGGAGAGACGCACACCCUGGUUCCCGCAGAUCGUGCGCGUGUGCGGCAGCUGCAGGUGUGGCUGAUCCUGCUGGAGUUACGCGGCAAUUGCCGAGUUCAGAAUCCACUCGUUCCGAUGGCAAGAUCUUUCAACCUCUCGGCGCUGUUCAGCGAGCAGCUUGAUGCGCCCCAGCUUUGCGGCCUUGAGAUCUUGGGCUGGCUGGGUGCUAGUGGAAACUCCAGUCUUGCAAGCUGCAGCAAGGGCUAUCGCUUACGCGUGGCCACGUUUCGAAAGAACUUGAAGAAGAUUGUGCUGGACAAGCACUGGCAUCAUGAUCACUUUGGAGGUCUGUUUGAACACAGACACCUAGAGGAGCUGGUUAUUCAGGAAGAGACUGAGUUCAUUCUGACGCCUCUCCCGCAGCCACUUGGCAGGAAACAUUUUGAUUGGGAUGGUGGAAAAGUGUGGCGCUUGAUCGACUUGAACUCAUCGACACUCAAACGUGUCAUCUUCAAGUCAGUUGUUCUGGCCGAGCCAGACCGUAGCCAAGUUCUAGACGAUGAUAUCAAUGCCGAGCGCUUUGAAGUCUACUUCCACCACCUUUAUCGAUGUAACAGUCUCGAGACUCUGGAACUUCAGGCUGCGCCCCCUCCAGAUCGUUUUCCGAUCAACGACUUCGUUAGAGAAGUCUUUGGGCGUCUCCGCCAUUUGGAGCUUUCUGCUGGUGAUUACCUGAUACGUUUUGACCAUGAAGAGUUUGGAGAGUGCGUUGCACGUGCGUUGAGACAGGCGCAGCAGCUCGAGACACUCUUCCUGAAUUGGCACCCUUGGGACCAUGAUGCUCACCGAGGCGAUUUUGCCUUCAUCGAAGUCUGGGAAUCUACAACGCUGCCGCGGUUGCGGCGACUGAGGCUACGUGGGGAUGUGCUGUACAGGGAAGAUUGUGAUGGAAUCACACAGUUCUUGAACCGCCAUUCCCACACCAUGGAGCGCCUGCAGCUGCAGUUGUCAAACAGGGUCGCUACGAGUGACAGAGAUUUUGUGGUCCCAGAACAGAUGUUUCCUCACUUGCAAUCUCUUCCAAAGUUGAAGGAAUUGGUGGUGCCACUCCCAAAGACAUUUGCUGGCAAUGAGCUGAUUAGAGAACGUGCCAGCAGCGUCCCUGGCAUGCGCCUCGUAUGCAUGCCGCUGUUGCAGAUUCAAGCAAAGUGCCCCAGCCUGGAGUGCUUGGUUUUCCUUGCAGAAGUCCAAUAUGCGCAUGUUCAAACGAUUCCGAAGGAGAUUGGUCAUGUUGAAGUAUCGCGCGUGAUUUGUGAAACCAAGCAGCUCUUUCUUCGCGAUGGAAAGCAGCAGCUGCAAACGGUUUACUUCCUGGAGUGCACGCGCAGCAUAUCUGAGCCUCGCAUGUGCAUCGAUGAUGUGCCCCUUGAAGGGAGGCUUGGUGAUAUCCAUGAAACACCGAGUUUGUGCAACCACAAGCCUCCGAAUGCCUUCAUGCUGGAUGCAUGUGGUCUCCUGACUGCAUGUCAUGUCGGAUUGCCAUACAAAGGAUUUAGCCCUGAAUUUAUUUCGUCUGUCCGGAAUAGAGUCGCGGAGGUUGAGAUCCCGCACAGUUGA